AUUUUAAAUGCAGGACCUUGAUUUUUCCAGACACUACCUAAUUAAGUCCUCCUAAAUUAAUGAUUGUUAGAGAAAUGUCCCCAGAAAUUCGCUGUUAAAAGCAGCCACCACCUUCUCAAUCUUUCCAUAAACAAGGACUUUCCAAACCUGGAAGCCGUGGAAAUUAUAGCAAAAAUGGCUUUUCUCAGCUUGUCAAUGAACUACCCUGAACUAUUCAUUUUAUCAAUUCUUUGCUUCAUCCUCUUCCUGUUUUUGCUUCUUCCCAACUGGUCACUUGUUGGAAUGUUCCUUACGUUUCUUCUCAAUCUCCAUAACUUGCCUGAAAAAUUCACUGAGCUUCUGGAGAGAAGCCAGGAGGGUACAAUUUCAGUGCACAGUUCAAAAAUGGACAUGGUGGCGACGACAAAUCCGGGAAAUGUCCACCAUGUGAUGAGCAAAAACUUCUGGAAUUACCCCAAAGGCCCGGCGUUUCGACAACUGUUUGAAGCUCUUGGGGUUUCUCUCUUCACUUUGGACUUGGAGGACUGGAAAACUUACAGAAAGUUCAUUCAUAAUUACUUCAUGCAUCCUCAGACUCACCAGUUUUUGGCCAAAGUCAUCCCUGAGAAUGUCAAAAUAGGGUUAAUCCCAGUUCUCGAACACCUCUCUAAACAAGGGUUUAUAGUGGAUUUGGAAGAUUUGUUCAAGAGACAUUUAUAUGAUUUUGCUUGUAUAAUGUCUACAGGAUUCAACCCCAACACUCUUUCUGUGGAGUUCCCUCACCAUCCAUUCUUCAAAGCCAUGGAUGACAUGUGUGAGGGCAUAUUUUACAGGCAUUUCAUGCCGGAUAGUUUAUGGAAGCUGAGCUGGGUGGGGAUUGGGAAAGAGAAGAAACUGAAAGCAGCAAGAGACACCCUACGUGAAAUUGCCACAAAAUACAUGUCAAUGAAGCGAGAGGAGAUAAAAGCAAACAAAGACAAAGAAAAAUUCGAUUUCCUGCAGUGUUUUUUGACUGAACAUGAAGUGUUUGGCUCGGUGUUGCACCCGGAGGAGAUCAUAAGAGACAACAUCCUGGGCUUCAUCUUCGCUGCACAAGACACCACCAGUGCGACACUAACAUGGUUCUUCUGGCUGAUUUCUAAAAACCCAGAAGUUGAAAACAAGAUCAGAGAAGAAAUGGAGAAAAACCUGACAGUAAAACAAGGAAAAAAGUGGGAGAUUUCAAGCAUAGAAGAGGUGCGGAAGCUGGUGUACAUGCAGGCAGCUUUUUAUGAAACAUUAAGGCUGUAUCCUCCGGCGCCGUUUCAGGAGAGGAUAGCUCUGGAAGAAGAUGUUCUUCCGAGUGGGCAUCGAAUCAAUCCGCAGACCAAAGUUCAGAUGUCUUCUUAUGCAAUGGCAAGGAUGAAGUGGGUUUGGGGAGAGGAUUGUAAGGAGUUUAAGCCAGAGAGAUGGAUAAAUGAGAAAGGAGAAAUUAAACAUGAGCCAUCAAACAAGUUCUUUGCUUUCAGUGCAGGACCCAGGAUUUGUCUAGGGAAGAACAUGGCGUUUACCUUGAUGAAAGCUGUUGCUGCAACUAUUAUGUGGAAUUACACAGUGGAAGUUGAUGAAACUUGCCCGGUAAUUCCCGCAGCCAGUGUGAUUCUUCACACCAAACAUGGCUUAAUGGCCAGGAUAAAAGAACAAGCUCCCUAGUUAACGUAUCAUAUCUUAUAUGAAGUAACGAAGUGGCCUCCCUCUCUCUGUUUGGUCAUCGAAUAAUGUAAUAAUGUUUUCGGUUUGUUAUGUCAGAAUUUCUUAUCAUUGCAUUUAAUCCAUGUAUUUUUGUCUCAAAGGAAACAGCCCCUGUGAUGGGAACACUUCUUUUGGUCAAUUCAGAGUACAUAUUAGUGCAAAUAAACAUGCAAGCGACCGAUUUUAAGUA